UUAAAUGCCACGAGAGUGAACAAAGUUUUAGUAUAAACCGACGGACUCUGGAAGAGAGAGAUCGACUGGUAUCAAGAUUUUUGCACAAAGCGGAGAUGAAAUCUUUCAGUGCUUUGAUAUUACUGGCUUUGGGUUAUGUAGUCACAGCAGAUUACAGGAGGGAAGCCGUAGAACAACACAACCGUCUUCGUGCAAUUCACGAUGCCCCAGAAAUGACCCUUAACAAUGAGAUGAGUGAGGGUGCUGAUCAGUACGCCCACAGACUGUUCCAGAUGUUUGGUGUAAACAUGGGAUUGAAACACUCACCCAAGGAUUCCCGCCGGGGCCAAGGAGAAAAUUUGGCAGUAGGGUGUACCACUGCAAGAGUAGCUGAAGGAAGGUCUGUCGAAGAUGCUAUAAAAUCUUGGUACGAUGAAGUAUGUAGAUACAACUUCAACGUUCAUCGUUUUCAGUCUGGCCUUGGUCACUUUUCCCAGUUGGUUUGGAAAGACUCCACAGAGCUCGGAAUAGGAAAAUAUACAGGCAAGCAGAGAGGCAAGACCUGCACAUAUAUCGUGGCUCGUUACCGAAAAGUUGGAAAUGUGGAAACUCCAGGUGGAAGACUUUUCCGUGAAAAUGUUUCGAAAGGAUCCUUCAGGCGGUCCUAUUGCAAUAAUUUGUCGGAUAAAUCUGUGGGAGAAGCCGAAUAUAUCAGUGCAUCUUAUGAUGAUGAUGAUGAUGAUGAGGCGUCCAGUUGAGGCUAUUAUCUUUUGAGGCAGUUUUGAAAUUCUUCGGUCUUGUUUUGGUAUCUGUAAAGCUUGUAUCCAAACAAACAAGAAGAAACUAUUAAAGGCUUCAUGAGUCGCAAAUAUUUUGUUUGU